UCUCUCUCUCUCUCUCUCUCUCUCUCUCUUACAGUCGUGUAGUGUUCGUCUCCAUUCUUACCAAAUUUCAAAAUUCAAGGCUUUGAUCAAACCGGAUGUUUCACAGAUUUCUUUGAAAUACUAACAGUUCUCGGCGAUUCUUGCUUGUGUUGUUCAAAUGCGUGGAUUGGGUUUGUUUUUUUUCAGAAAAUUUCCGCCACAAAUUUAGAAGCGUUGCAGUUCUAUUGUCAGAUCUGGUGCUGUAAAUUUCCGGGCACUUGUUUGUGUAGCGUGCACUGUGAGCUCGAAAGGUCAGGUUUUUGGUGGUGACGUGAAAAAUCUGUGCUUUGUUGGGUUUAUGUCUAAGGAUUAGAAAAUCCGUGGAUAAUAUAGUUAGCGGCGAUGAAUCGGAGUUUUCGGGCACCGGAAAAAGAAAAUGCUGGGGCCGGUGAAGCAACGGCAACAGCAAAUGAUGGGGAGUUUUAGGAAUUCGGCAAUGAGAGAGAAAGAAGACGAGCUAGGGUUAUUUUUGGAGAUGAGAAAACGAGAAAAAGAACGUCAUGAUGUUCUUCUUCACAACGCAGAAGAGGAAUUCGACUCGUCACUUGGAUCAAGAACAGGAAAUUCUCCGAAAUUCAGUGUGCCUUCUGCAACCAGUAUGCGAAAAACCGGAGCUGAUGAAUUCCUCAACUCUGAAAGUGAUAAGAACGAUUAUGAUUGGCUUUUAACACCCCCGGGUACUCCUCUCUUUCCUUCACUGGAAUCCGAAUCACAGAAAACAGUCAUGAACCAGAAUGGAGCUUCUAAAGCUCAUCAUCCAAAUGCACCAAAAUCUAGACUAUCAAAUACACAACCAGAGGCAGUGGCUACUAGGACCAACAUGGUGUCAAGACAACGAGCCGCGUCUCCUGGACCAAGUGCAGGACCCCGUAGGCCAACCUCAUCAGGUGGUUCAGGCUCAAGGCCUUCAACUCCAACCAGUAGACCAGUUUUAGGCACAUCAUCAUCAAGAACCACAUCAAAUUCACUCCCUAAAACCACCACAGUCUCAAAACCCACAUCAAGGCCUACAAGAUCUUCAACACCCACCACCUCUCGACCUGUCAUUUCUUCAUCUAAAGCAACAGCCCCACCUAGAUCAUCUACCCCUACUUCUAGGGCAACUCCAAGAUCUUCAACCCCAACCCCAACAAGUAGGCCAUCUUUAUCCACAGCCAAACCAACACCAAGGGCAUCCACACCCACCCGAAAGCCCACCACAGUAACAAAAACACCCGCCCCACCAGUUAAAUCUCCCACAGUAAAAAACACAACACAAGCAUUAGCUACUACUGAUUCUCCCAACACAAGACCAAGACCAUGGAAGCCUCAAGAAAUGCCCGGUUAUACCCUCGAUGCACCACCAAAUCUACGCACCUCGCUCACCGAUAGACCGAUUUCAUCCAUCAGAGGAAGGGCGGGUGGACCGAGUAGCCGGUCUUCUUCUAUUGAGCCUGUGCCUAAUGGAAGAGGUGUAAGAAGGCAAUCAUGUUCACCUUCAAGAGGAAGGCUUCCUAAUGGUGUUAAUGCCACUAAUGGAAUGACUCGUAAGAGUGGAGCCUCUGUGCCUAUUCCUGCAUUGAAUCGUGCUUAUGCUAAAGCUAAUGAUAACAUGAGCCCGGGAUCAUAUGGGACAAAAAUGGUUGAAAGGGUGAUAAAUAUGCGCAAAUUGAUUCCACCUAAGCAAGACGACAAACACUCGCCACAUAACUUAUCCGGGAAAUCCUCGUCACCUGACAGCUCAGGUUUUGGAAGAUCACUCUCCAAGAAAUCUUUAGAUAUGGCCAUGAGACAUAUGGAUAUAAGGAAGACGGUACCAGGGAACUUGAGGCCGUUGAUGACUAAGAUUCCGGCGUCCUCGAUGUACAGUGUGAGAUCCGGGAACGGGCCCGGGCCCACACGGGGUCGAAUGAUUAGUGUUUCGGAUUCCCCACUUGCAACAAGUAGCAAUGCGAGCUCUGAAAUGAGUGUCAAUAAUAACAAUGCCAUUGAUGAACAUAUAGAGGAUGAGAGUAACAGUGAAAAAGGGACCAAGAUUGGAAAGGAAUCAAUCAACAUAGGGAGGAGAUAUAAUAUGAGAGAAGGGACCCAUUUAAUCCAGAAUUUCAAAGCUUUUUAG